AUGUCUAAAUUUCCAUGGAAUGGAAUUUUUAAACAAGUAUGUCAGACUUCGGGUGUCGCGUAUUCUGACUGCACACUUUACCCGCCGAGUUUGUGUGGGGAAACAUUGGUAAAAAAAGAAAAGCUGGAGUUGGAAGCCAGUGACCCCCCAGACCGAAAGGAUGGAGGCAGUGUUGCCGAAGCCAAGACACUUGUGGCCUCCCUGACCAGCGCAGGAGGAAAGACCCCCAUUUCCCUGACAUGCAAGCGGGAGAGGUCGCGCUGUGACACGUCGCUGGGUCUCUUGACUCGGAGGUUUGCAGAGCUGCUGGGGUGCUCCGCUGACGGGGUUUUGGAUCUAAAUGUUGUGUCCCGGGAACUCGGUACCUCUAAGAGGCGCAUCUAUGAUAUCACAAAUGUCCUUGAGGGGGUCCAACUCAUCAAAAAGAAGUCUAAAAACCACAUCCAGUGGUGGGGUGGACAGAUGAAUUUAGGAAAUAAUUCAGAGCUGAAGGCUCUCUGUGAGGAGGAGAGUAAGCUGGAUGAACUGAUCCAAAGCUGUACGCAGCAGAUCCAGGAGCUGUGUGAGGACCAUCACAGCCAAAGAUACGCCUAUUUGACUUACGAGGAUAUGCAUAAUAUUCCAAGUUUAAGAGAUCAGACUGUGAUUGUGAUCAAAGCCCCUGCAGAGACAAAACUUGAAGUGCCACAUCCAGAGGAGAGCCUCCAGAUCCACAUCAAUAGCAUUCAGGGGCCCGUUGAUGUGUUCAUCUGCUCCGAUGAGCCCUUCCCUAUCGAAGCCACAGAUAGUUCAGCUGCUAACGAGGCCAGUGGAAUCCAUUUACAUGGCAGCGACUCCAUCCUUGAUCCACCUUUCAUGCCCGUUUUCCAGCUGUCUUCCAGAGAAAACGCUAACGAUAGUUGCCGAAUUGAUAGUCUCUCCAAGCCACAGUCCAAGUCGACACAAGGCUUAUCCCCAGUUACCAUCACCCCCGUUUCCCCUAUGCCCACCACUCUCACCUCCCUCCAACCCCACUCUGAAGACCAAAGCAGUUUUGUCGCUCUCACUCCACCUCGGGCCUGUUCUCUCAGCGAGGAGGGGUACCUCCCUAGCCUGGCUAAGAGCGAGGGCAUCACUGACCUCUUCUCCUCUGUCGACAUGGACCAGUCGCCUAUGGAUAUUCCACUUCUCUGAACAGAUGUUUUUGAAAUGCAAAACUGAAUAUGAAAUAGAUUUUUGUUUUGUUUUCUUAAAUAUUUGCAUUUGCCUUCUGGGAUUUAUGGACUGUAAAGGAGGUUGCCACGUACUUCCAUCCCCAUCCAGGCCUCUUUUUCUCCUCUUUUGGACUGGAGCCGAGACAUUCCUUCUGUUUUUGAGACCCUUUUGACAGCCCUUCUCUAAAUUGUCAGUAUUGCCGUGUCAGCAAAAGGACUUGGGUUUUGAACCAAGAGUUUUUAUUUCACUUAUGGGCACGCCGGUGAACUGUUGUGGAGAGAUGACAUGGAUCAUCAUCAGCUGUUUGACAUAGUGGGACCUACACUAAAGGGUUAAAAGUAGCUUCAAAGUCAUUCGUAAGAUUUGUUGCUUGUGUUUGAGUUUUUAGAAGACAAACAACUGCGGAUGGCAUUUGUGCACAACGGUAUGAUUUCACAGCGUUGUGGUUUUUUUACUGAUUCACUCAACUCAGUCAAGAUCCUAAUGCAGAUUUUGUGUCUUAUUCCACACAGGUGGUCUGGUAUUACCUGGCAGUGAUAGGCGUGUAACUUGCCUGUUCUAUAUUUUGCCUUCCCUGAGAAAUUCACUGAUCCAGGAUUUUCUGAUACCUUAAGUCAGGAUUAUGAUUUAUGAGUCAGUCCAAUCACAGUGUCCUCUCUGCCCUCUCAUUUAUUGUAUUGCACAAGGUCAUUUGAAUUGCCUUAUUGUGCAGGUAAUUAAAGACUGAGUUUGUGGUUUGGCAUGACAGAAUAAAGAUAUUGUCUAUGUAAUAUUUUCUGAUUACAUAAAGUAACUGGUGAAUGUUGAUUGGUUAGGCAUGGCCAGCGAUUGAUAAGGUUUAUUGCAUUGGAAUAGUUUCUCUGGCCUACUUAAGCACCUCACAGCAUCUGUGUUUAAACACGUUGGUUUUUCUCAGGGUUCAGUUAACUUUUACACCAGGUACAGUUUCAUAUAUUAAAGGCUGAUUCAUACACAGUAUUUACUAGUGCCCACUGAUAGAGUAUUUUAAGACUCAUACCAAUAUAUCAAAUUUUUGCAUCACCAAAUAUCAGCCAUUUUUUUCCCCUUUCAGACACAAAGCAUGACCAGAUUUCCAUAACCUUUGUGUGUUGUUUAAAAAUCACAUUUUAUUAUCUCAAGUGGAUUAUUUGUUUACACUCUGCCCAGCUGUUCUCAGAUCAGCUGGUUGUCUGUGGUGCCCUCUGGUGAACAAACUAUUCAACAUCAACACUCAUAACAUGGUUUACACUUUUAUUUUUCAUUUAUCUGCUGUUAUAACUGCAGAUACUGAUAAAUCUGCGAUUGGCUAAUAUCGGCUGUUUAUAUCUGUUGUGCUCUAGUACUUACACUGUUCACCAAAGUGUGACAUCGUACUAGAACAUUGCUUUAAAAGUGAUCAUCAGUUAAAAAUGACACUGUGAUGCCAAACAUUUCAGUAAGUCACCUGCUCAGGUACCAAUGCAGCCUGUCUUCCCUCUUGUAGCUGUUAAGAGGAGUGGGAUCGUCUGCUGAUGACACACUGAACCACUAAAAGCACUGAGAAGAGGCUCUUCCACUUAAAGCCUGUCCUUGUUUGCAGAACAUUUUAAAUUGUACCUUUUUCACAGCACGCUCUUCAGCGAUGUUUGGCACCACUAAAAACAAAUGCAUUGCAUUUGGGUGAACUGCUUUGUCGUCGUCCUCGGAGAAUGAAAGGGCUUCUGUUGCUGAAGGGACUGUAAUACUAAACCCUUUUCAUCUUCACUGCAGCAUCUGUUAUGAAUGCUAACCAGAAUUCUUGCCAUUUGUUGUCAGUAUCAAACUAGGACGGCGCCCAACUCAAGUGGCUAAACUGCUGUAUUUAUGGGGCAUUGAACAGCUAACUACCGUUGAGUAAAUGACUUCAUCUGCUCACAUCUGGUCUUCUGUAAUCCACAAAGUGGGCUAGUCUCUUCAUGAUGUUUGCUUGGCAGAGGGGGGGGGAUCCUGUGAAAACAAAAUGUUUUCUUUGAUAACUAAGGUCUAAUCUGAGACUUCAGUUUUUUCUUUAGUUGUUUUUACCUGCUGUUCACACAUCCAUGUCAGUUCCAUCUUCUGUGAGGAUCAUUCUUAUUCUUAUUCAUUCUUAUUUGAGGACCUUUUACCACUAGUUCUGUGUACCAGUUUGUGCCUAAUGCACCUUUGUACCCAGCAGACCUUAGUUGUGUCACUGUAAUUUCUGUUUAAAACUCUGUAUAAAAACUUUAAUAAAUGUAUGAGCUCAUA